GGGCCGCCGGCGCCGGGACCUUGACUCUGCCCUUCCCCGGCCGGGGCCGAGCGGGCCGGCUGGGAUCCGAGCAAGGGGCGCGUGCGGGCGCCCGGGGAAGCCGCCAGCCCCGCCAUGGAGCUGCGGGCCCGAGGCUGCUGGCUGCUGUGCGCGGCCGCCGCGCUCGUCUCCUGCACCCUCGGGGACCCUGCCAGCAAGAGCCGGAGCUGCAGCGAAGUCCGCCAGAUCUACGGGGCCAAAGGCUUCAGCCUGAGCGACGUGCCCCAGGCGGAGAUCUCCGGUGAGCACCUGCGGAUCUGCCCCCAGGGCUACACCUGCUGCACUAGUGAGAUGGAGGAGAACCUGGCCAACCGUAGCCGUGCCGAGCUGGAGAAUGCGCUCCGUGACAGUAGCCGUGCCCUGCAGGCUGCGCUGGCCAACCAGCUGCAUGGCAUUGAUGAGCACUUCCAGCAGCUGCUGAACCACUCGGAGCGCUCACUGCAGGACGCCUUCCCUGGUGCCUUCGGGGAGCUGUACACACAGAACGUCAGAGCCUUCAGGGACCUGUACACAGAGCUGCGCCUUUACUACCGUGGCGCCAACCUGCAUCUGGAGGAGACUCUGGCAGAAUUCUGGGCCCGGCUGCUAGAGCGCCUCUUCAGGCAGCUGCACCCCCAGCUGCUCCUACCUGAUGACUACCUGGACUGCCUAGGCAAGCAGGCCGAGGCUCUGCGGCCCUUCGGGGACGCUCCGCGGGAGCUGCGCCUGCGGGCCACCCGUGCCUUCGUGGCAGCACGCUCCUUUGUGCAGGGGUUAGGUGUGGCCAGUGACGUGGUCCGGAAGGUGGCUCAGGUUCCCCUAGCCCCAGAGUGCUCACGGGCCGUCAUGAAGCUGGUCUACUGUGCUCACUGCCUGGGGGUCCCAGGAGCCCGGCCCUGCCCUGACUAUUGCCGAAAUGUGCUGAAGGGCUGCCUUGCCAACCAGGCUGACCUAGAUGCUGAGUGGAGGAACCUCUUGGACUCCAUGGUGCUCAUCACUGACAAGUUCUGGGGCCCGUCGGGUGCGGAGACCGUCAUUGGCAGCGUGCACAUGUGGCUGGCAGAGGCCAUCAACGCCCUCCAGGACAACAGGGACACACUCACCACCAAGGUCAUCCAGGGCUGUGGGAACCCCAAGGUCAAUCCCCAAGGCCCAGGCUCUGAGGAGAACCGGCGCCGUGGCAAAUUAGUGCUACAGGAGAAGCCCCCCACAGACACACUGGAGAAGUUGGUCUCUGAGGCCAAGACCCAGCUCCGAGACAUCCAAGACUUCUGGAUCAGCCUCCCAGGGACACUGUGCAGUGAGAAGAUGGCCAUGAGUACUGCCAGUGAUGACCGCUGCUGGAAUGGGAUGGCCAAAGGCAGGUACUUACCCGAGGUGAUGGGUGAUGGCCUGGCCAACCAGAUCAACAACCCCGAAGUGGAGGUGGACAUCACCAAGCCUGACAUGACCAUUCGACAACAGAUCAUGCAGCUUAAGAUCAUGACCAACCGCCUGCGCGGUGCCUAUGGUGGCAACGAUGUGGAUUUCCAGGACGCCAGUGACGAUGGUAGCGGCUCAGGCAGUGGUGGUGGCUGCCCAGAUGACACCUGUGGCCGGAGAGUCAGCAAGAAGAGCUCCAGCUCCCGGACACCCUUGACCCACGCAGCUCUCCCUGGCCUGUCAGAGCAAGAGGGACGGAAGACCUCAGUUGCCAGCUGCCCCAAGCCCCAUGCCUUCCUCCUCCUCCUCCUCCUCACCUUGGUCCUUGCAGAGGCCAGGCCCAGGUGGCGGUAACUGCCUCAUGGCCCCAAGGACAGACUUUGCCAAAACAUGAAAUGGACAAUAUUUAAUUCCCCUUGGUCUAUAGGGGCCCAGGGAAGGAUGAGGAGACAAUGGCUCUGUGUGCUGGGACAGGGCGUGUGGGGUCCUGGCCUCACCUGUCACCCUAGCUUUUAAUUUUGUAUGAGGGCCUCAGGUCAGCUGCGAGCCAGUGUCCCCAAAAGCCAUGUAUUUCAGGGACCUCAGGGGCACCUCGAGCUGCCCAUACCUCCCCUUACUCCUGCACUCCCACAUCCCCAGAUGCUCCCAAGGCCACCCUGAAAGGCGGCUGUUAGCUACAACCCAUCAGAGACCUCAAGCAAGCCUGUGCCUUCCUCUUCUGCCUCUUCGCACUGGGGACUCCCCACCAGACCCCAUGGGCCACAGAAAGUAAAGCCCCCCCACAGCUCCUCGAGAAGCCUGCAAGGGCCACCAGAGAGCGCCCCUGCCCAGGGCCUUUGACUUACGCAUGAUACUAUCUACUCAGCCAGGACCCCUCCCUGUGCCACCACAGCGCCCAGUGGAUGGGUCCUAAAAAAGAUUCGCUGUGAGGGUCCUUUGGUGUGACAGGCAAGGCAACAGCUGGCACAGCCAUGCCACGCUCAACUCUGCCACACUUCUGCUUGACGGUGGGCACUGAGCCCACACACAGUCAGACCUUGUUAGGGCCAGGACUGCAUGAGGAACACCACUUCUAAGGAUGAGCUGGCCAUUCUUAGUCCCUGUCCCACCUAGACAGGUCACCUGGCUGCAGGGAUGCUGGGUAGCUGGUGAACUUAGCUCAGGGUCAGCGGGACCUGGCACUGCAGUAGGGAGAUUCCUGAGCCCUUUUCUGGCUUGGGCACUUCUACAGGGGCCUGGGGAACAUCGAUAGUCAAGGGCUUUUCCAGACGUGCACAUUCAGACUCUUAGUGUCGCUGUCCACCAAGAGCUGCAUCUCAGUCCUCCCAGGCAGCACUGGACAGGCCCAGGACCCUAUGUGGGUCCUGGUGCCCUUUAUGGUCUUAGGACCAGGGGCGCCUGGCUGACAGACGCUGUCAGCUGCAGGCAGGCCCUGAAGAGUUGCUGGUUUCCGCUUACAGAGCCCUGUGGUAAAAGGAGUGUCCAGAGUGUGGGGAGUGCUGAGCUGCCUUGGCCAGGAGAACCGUGAUCUUGACAUUAGGGGUACCUAGAGAAAGCCGCUUAGUGCUUUGCUUUUUGUCACUGGGUUAGGGAGGCCUCUGCCAGUACUGUGUCUACCAAUAUGCUGGUCUGAGGUCUAGCUGGUAGUCAGGUCUUAUUGCCCAGGGCAAGUGUUUUCUAAACUUGCGUGUGGACAUGUUGGGUCCAGGUCCUGCAUACACACACACAACCCUGGCAAGUGCCACUCAGGCCAGGGUGGUGGAAGCUAGACCUGGGCUCUGGAAUGUGAAUGCCUAGGCACCAGGCCAGCAGCCCCCAUGCUGCCCAGGGGGCCAGGGCCAUUACUGGUUAGAGUGGUGGCCAAGCUACUGUGUCCUUCCUCCAUGAAGGCCCCCUGCCACUUAGUGCCAGCGGGUGAUGUAUGUUUGAGUCCUGGUAUAAAUAAAAGGCUGGAGACCUAUA